CAAUUCGCCCCAACAACUUUCUUUCCCCACAUUUUGCUGGGAUCGCCAUAACCACAGCACAUUCAGUUUAGUAUAGGAACCGAUAUAUCGUACUAACCAUUGGUUAUUCCAAAGACACGCCGAGUACUGAACAUCGUUAACACCCGAACCCUACUCGAGAGACUCUAAGCAGGAGUUUUCGGCACGUCAAAGAGCUUAUAGUACUCCCUCAACGAAUAUAGCUAACAAGCUAUGUUAUCUAUCUCGUUGCCUUCCUUGAAAAACUUUCUGCCAUGGCGCGAUCGAGCCUUUAUCAAUCUCCCAUCAGUCAAGAUUCAUGAGAUUGAUACGGCACUCGGAAAGCCGGCUCGGGCUCUAAAACAUUUGCUCAAGUUGAACCAUGCCAACUAUUCCGUAUUGUACAACGAACGGAGGUUUCACAACCAUACACCUCAUAUUUUGAGCUCAUCUUUCCUGCAAGGUGCGGACGCGGAUGAUCUAAACCGCAUCUAUGAGGCCGAGUCCAAACUUUUGGACCCCUGGAGUGAUUCUCCGGGUGAAAUCAGUGCAUAUGACUGGAGAGAUUAUCUCGGUCAACGAGAAUACCAAAGGGCAUUUGUUGACUUUUUCGAGGACGAGCUUGUCCGCCACGGAUAUGAUUGGAAGCAAGUUGUCGUAGAUUACCUAUUUUCCGGAAAGGAGCCAUUAUUCAACUCCCUCGUCGAUGACCUUGGCCACCCUUUAAUACAUCUUGCUUAUGCAUUUGAAAUGUCCAGCCGCGAAGUUGGGAUGGAAGCCCUAGCUCUGGCAGCUACAUGCUACGGCAAGAUGCAUAAAUAUAUCGACGACCCUUCCUAUUCACAAGCAGAGUCUCUCUACUAUUCGACCUCACCGCUCGAAGUCCUAAACAAGGUACGAGCUGACAAACAGUUCAACGGCCUCUUUGGUACUCCAGGCGACAACAACAUCGACACCAUUCUUCGUUAUCACGAAGCCGCACUCCUGAAUCACUGGAACGCGUGGAAGAUCGAGGACCCCGUGCAGCAAUUCCGCGAGAGCCAGGAACUUGCCGUGGCUCUUUUAACCGCCACUCGAUCUGAAACAUCGGACAAGUAUGACUUUUUCCUUGUCCACACCUUGACAACUAGCCAUGCCGUCCGGGUUCUUCUUCCACUUAUCCCGGCACGCUUCCAAUACUCACUCGUUAGGCAAUGGUGGCUUCUAACUCUGGUUGUAUACAUCGCGCAACUAAGGCCGGAAAUCAAACUCGAUCAGAUUAAGGGCUACGAAUUGAAAGGAAGAGAUUGGAAGUGGACGGCGCAGAAGGCUGUCAAGGGUGAACAUUCGAUAGACGCGCAUUAUGUCAAGGCAAUUCGCUCGUGUAAGGAAGCUGCCGCAACAUGGGGAGACCCGGAAUCGUACUACCUGAAAGCGGCAGUCAAAUUUGGCGAGGAGUUCGAUGGUUGGGGAGGUUUUGUUUAAUGAAGUAGUACUUUUCUUCGAUUGUCUCUCCUUAGGUUGGACUGCAUUGGUAUAAUGGUUGGCAAUGUAAUGUACCAUAAGCAUGUUCUGUUUGUUUCCCUUUCUGCUUUACUUUUUGCUCAAAUUGUGUGAUAAUAUUAUCUUAGAAAGCGUUGAGCCAGAAGUAAAGGGUGGCACAUCACAAUUUAGAAUUAAGGUCAAUAUUUGCACGCUUCUACCCGAGUGACAUUUACAAUAAGUACUAUUCUU